AUGUCGUGUCGGAAGCGCCCAGCGUCUGCGCUUUUCUCUGGGAACGUGCGUGAUCACGUGGACUCUAUCAAGGAGCUCGUUGUCUCUCAUCCGGAGUUGCGGUACACGGCUAUCGGGCGCAAGCUGGAACAGAGGCUCGGCGUGAAACUAUCCUGCGCGCAGCUGCAGGUUGUACGACGCAUCAUGACCGAGCUGUCGAAUGAUGCGGUCGCGCUGGAGUGGGAAGAGUUCUCCGGCGACAUGCGGGAUCACGUCGACUCUAUCAGAGCACUCGUUGUGGCUCACCCUGGCAUGGGCUACAAGGGCAUUGCGAAGGAGUUCGAGCAGCAUAUCCCGUUGAAUCUAUCCCCUGCCCACCUGAGUGUCGUGAGGCGCAUCGUGGAGGGCAUCUCGCAAGGCCGUGCUGUGCUGGGCGCGCAGCGGGAGCCGGAGAACUAUGAGGCUGUCCCUCUGGAUGUGCGCGACCACGCUGCCACCAUCAUGGAGCUGAUGACGCGUCACCCGGCCAUGGACUAUCAUGGCAUCGCCCACGAGCUUCAGAAGGUGCUCGGGGUGGAGCUAUCUGAGAGCCAGAAGCAAUGCAUCCCUGCUGUCAUGGCCGAGAUCAGCAUCGACCUCGUGGCCGAAGAGGUGGCUAUGCCAGAGCAGACGGACGUCGACGAGAUCUUUUCCGGCGACGUGCGUGAGCACGUGGACUCUAUCAAGGAGCUCGUGGCCUCUCAUCCGGAGUUGGGAUGCAGAUCUAUCGGGCGCAAGCUGGAGCAGAGGCUCGGCGUGAAGCUAUCCUGCGCGCACCUUUUGGUUGUGCGACGCAUCAAGGGCGAGCUCGCGGAGGGUCGCGCGGCGGAGGCUCCGCGCCAGGAGUGGGACGACUUCUCUGGCGACAUGCGGGAGCAUGUCGACUCUAUCAGAGCACUUGUUGUGGCCCACCCUGGCAUGGGCUACUGGGGCAUUGCGAAGGAGUUCGAGCGGCACAUCCGAUUCAAGCUAUCCCAUGCCCACCUGAGUGUCGUGAGGCGCAUCGUGGAGGGAAUCUCGCAGGGCCGUGCUGUGCCGGGCGCGCAGCGGGAGCCAGAAGACUGCGCGGCAGGCGCUGUGGACAUGCGCGACCACAUUGCGACCAUCGAGGAGAUCAUGAUGCAAGACACCAGCAUGGACUAUCAGGGCGUCGCACAUCAGCUUGAGGAGAAGGUGCAGGUGGAGCUAUCCGAUGCCGAGAAGCAAGCAAUCCGCGGUGUGAUGGCCCAGAUCGGUAUCCAGCUCGUGGCUGAUGAUAUGGCAAUGCCAAAGCAGACUGAUCUCGAGAUCUUCUCCGGGGACGUGCGGGAGCACGUGGAUGCUAUCCAGGAGCUCGUCGCUUCUCACCCGGGAUUGGGGUACAGGACCAUCGGGCGCAAGCUGGCGGAGCAGCUCGGCGUCAGACUAUCCGAGGCCCACGUGCAGGUGGUCGAGCGCGUCAUGCGCGAGCUCUCCGAGGGCCGCGCCGCCGUGGGCGUGUCUUUGCGACGGCAGCCCGAGCGCCAGAACUUGCCGCACUUCGUCGGGAACCUGCGGCAGCACGUGGAUGACAUAAAGGAGCUCAUGGCGCUGCAUCCCAAAGCAGGCCGGCAUCACAUCUCCCGCCAGCUGGAGAUUCGGCUCGGGCAAGUGCUAUCUGCCCGCCACGAGUCGGUCAUCCGUCGCAUCAUGAUUCAGCACGGUUCUCUGUCCCAUGAGUUCCUGUGCGGCGAUCAGGAGGCCCCCGUUGUGCAGCGACUAGUCCAGGAUCUCGCAGAGCCUGCGGCGCGGCGCAAGGACAAGUGCGUGGACUGCGCUGCUACCUGCUGGGCUCGGCGCGUGCGUGCGAAGACAGACGAGGACAAGGCUCUGCAGGCUGUGAUCAAGUCCGUCCACCGCGAGGCGGUGCCGCUCUGGAUGCUGGGGGAGGCGCGCCACAGGGCAGCCACUAUCCGUCGUUGGGAUGCGGAGCGUCGACGGGAGUUCUCGGCGGCGUGCUAUGGCGCAUUGCCGUGUCGUACUGCGCUUCCCUCUGGGCGACGUGGCGCUGCGCUGCUUCAGGGCUAUCGCUUCUUCAUCGCCUACGAGAACUGGGUCUCCUGCCAGCAGCGCGGCUACCGGUGGCAGGUUCACAAAGGACAGGUUUCUGGGGAGAGGUUGGUCUAUGGUGACACGCUCCGCUCAGACCGUGUCAGUCGUCUCCCUCGGGUCCUCACCUGUGGCGACCGGGGCUAUGGCACCAGAUGCCCUCUCCCUUUGGAGGCGCUCCUGCGGCCUCUGCCCGCGGAGAUAGAGGCGGGCGUCAAGACCGAGCAGCUCUAUCUGGUGCCGCAGGAGAACCAUUGGCCAGUCUAUCUGCCUGGUCUUCAGCGGUUCGUGACUGCCUAUGACUUCGGUCCGCGCCUCGCGGCCAUGCGCCAGGCGAUGCGCGAAGGUCCCGUGGGCCCCAUGGAUGUGGACGAGCUGGAGACCUUGGUGCAGGAGUAUGCCAUCUAUGGAGAUUUCGCGAGGGAGCACGGCACGGAAGGCAUCGUAAGCCUCUUGGACAUCACGAAGGAGGAGGCCGCCACCAUCACGCCGUUCCUGCUCUUCGUCACGAAGCAGAAGGAGCGGGGCUCUGUCACCAGGGGACCUACCUAUAAUUGGAAGAAGACUCAGGUGUGCCGGGUCAACUACAAGCGCGAGGACUUGGACACGCGUGGUGCUAUGACUCCCCGGGCGCGGGCUGCGUAUAACUGGCUCAUGUUGCACAACCGCACAUAUAGGCGCCACGUCAUGCAGCACAAGCGGGAGCUGGCCGCUCCUGCGGAGUACCGGGAGAUGUUCAUCGCCACCUAUCGGCUGCUCAUCCAGAGUCGGGGCAUUGAGGUGGCGCUCUACCCUGUGCUCUAUCCCUGGGAGGUGUACGGCGACAGCGACGUGAGCAGCUGGGCCAAGGACCGCCAGCUCGUGAAGAAGUCCCAGCUCCCGACUAUCAAGCAUAGCUUCCUGCGGAAAGUCCAUUCCCGCUGCCGGACCUAUGGCGACGCGGAGGCCGUGCCGGACCUUGCCUUCCUGCUCUAUGACAUGGCAACCGCGCAGCGCAUCUCCGCCAGCAUUGCUAUCGCGGAGCGCCGAGGCAUCACGCCGGACGUCGUGGCGGACAACUGCUCUACGGCUUUCCCCAACCUGUUCAUCACUAUCGCUCCGGCGGAAUGGAAGGUCCUCCUGCACGAGCCGCUAUUCGCCGACUGGAAGGCCGCGGACCGCAUGUCGGCGUGUCAGGGGAUGCUGCCCGAGCACAUCUAUGACCUGCUUUUCGAUGGGAUGAAGCAGAUUCUCCGCCCGAACGAGUUCUUCGAAGAGGUGUUCGACUAUGUCAUUCGCCUGGAGUUCCAGGGCCGCAAGACCGAGCACAUCCAUAUUGCAGCCUGGGUGCGCCCGAAAGGGAAUCUAUCUGGCCGUAGCGGCCAGGCGGAUCGAUCUGCUUUCGUGAUGUUCUUGGAGGAAGUGUUCCACGGCUCUGUGGACGUCCAGGAGGGCUAUGGGUUUAUGAACUAA